CCGUCUGGAGGUGGGGGUGUCGGGGAGGCCGGUGCGGCGGCGCGGGGCCUGCGGGUGCGGGGAGCUGAUGGGGGCGCGGCGGUGCUGAGGGGGCUUUGCGCUCAGGAGCACCCCGGGAGCCUCUGUGGCUGCCGAAGAGGGUCUGAGGCGCAGCUGAGGCGUGAAAGCACCAACAUUUGUGGGGGUGUGUUUUGAGGGGGCGACGAGUCCUGGAGAUACUGACCGGAGGCCGCCGGGGUCACCCGGGCCAGGCCGCGGCGCCCACCCGCUGCGGUGUGGGGCUGAGGUGUCCGGGAUGCGCCCGCCAGCGCCGGUGCUUCGAGGUGUCUCCCGGGGAAGCAAUGCUGAGUGACAAUAACUCUGUGAAGCUGAAAAGUGAUUGUUCACCUCCUGUGCAAUGGUGUAAGGUGGCUGCACAUGAAGAUGAGAAGACCAAGCUGGUUUUUAAAAGGUACUCGCAAACUUUUCGCAGUGUUUGUCGUUGGAGGCUGCUUCCUUUAUAUCCUCAAAUUACAUUUUGGCCCUGAAGAAUGUGACAGAACAAAAAUGCUGUAUGUGGACCUCGAUCGUGUAAGGAGAGCACAACAGUAUGCCAGCACUGCACUGCAGGAACAGUGCCGGCCUUCUUACGUGAAGAAAGAAAUGGGGAAGUUAUUUGCGGAGAAAUACAGCGUUGACAUAUCUCCCUUUGUAAGAAAAAAUAUAAAUGAAGAUGAAGCUUUAUUUAAAUAUGAGCCUCCUUUUGGAUUUCACAAGUUCUUUGAUAAGCUUAAAAAUCUCCUUGAACUCUUACCUGAGCAUGAUUUACCAGAAGAUUUGAAGUCAAAACACUGUAAGCGUUGUGUUGUUGUUGGCAGUGGUGGAAUUCUUCAUGGAUCAGAGCUGGGUCACUUACUGAAUCAGUUCGAUAUUGUUAUAAGGUUAAAUGAUGCACCCGUUCAAGGAUACACAGAUCACGUCGGUAACAAAACUACCAUACGGAUGACUUACCCGGAAGGAGCCCCCCUUUCUGAACACGAGUAUCCUCCUGCUAGCUUGUUUGUGGCUGUUUUAUUUAAAAGUGUUGAUUUCAAUUGGCUUCAAGCAAUGGUAAAAAAUGAAACCUUGCCUCUGUGGAUGCGACUUUUCUUUUGGAAAGAAGUUGCUGAGAAAAUUCCUUUUACAUCAAAGCAGUUUCGGAUUCUGAAUCCAGUCAUCAUCAAAGAGACAGCUUUGGACAUUUUACAGUUCCCUGAACCUCGAUCAAAAUUCUGGGGUUGGGAUAAGAACGUACCUACAAUUGGGGUCACAGCAGUCGUUCUGGCCACCCAUUUAUGUGAUGAAGUGAGCUUAGCAGGAUUUGGAUAUGACCUCGAUCAGCCCAGCACACCUUUGCACUAUUACAACAACCUGUGCAUGGCUGCCAUGAACGGACAAACUAUGCACAAUGUGACAAGCGAGACUAAAUUCCUGCAAAAACUGAUCAAAGAAAAAGUUGUCAAAGACCUCACCGGUGGGAUACAUUGUGAGUUCUGCGGAGAAGACAGCUAGUGAUUGAAGUGCGUCGUGGUUUGGAUUUGUUAAAUUUCCAGAGGUUCAGCUGGAACAACCUUCUCACUGUCUUAAGUAGUUCUUUGCAGUGUGUGUAGAAUGGACGUAGAUUCUCUGCUGCCUUUUUUAACGUCAAGUUCAAUUUGUUGGACUUUUAAUUUUAUUUUUAAGUCAGAUUUUACUUUGCACAUUUUUUUGGAUAACUAUGUAAAUACAAUGUGGAGUUGAAAGAGAUCCAUUGAAAAUAUUUAAUGUUUUAAGUUGUCUGAAGAAAAGCAGAGUUUUUGUUUUCAGAUGUAUAUGGUAUGCACAACACUAGCCUGAGUUGUCUAACUGCAUACAAGAGUUGUUUUCCACUGAACUACUGUCCUUGUCGAUCUAGUUCUUGGUGUAUGACUCCUUUUCAUGGAUGCCAUGGAAAGAAAGACGUAUGCUUCUCAAGUCUUUCAUUUCUUACAGCUUGAGCAUUGUGUUUCCCCAUGAAAUACUUAUAUUCCUUUGGUUUUGUACUAAUAUUUGUUGGGGGUGGAGGAGGAAUGUGGGAGUGAAGGUGAAGGAAAAAGAACUGUCGUGGCAACAACUGAGUAGUAAGUACUUUGGCGUUCAUGGUUGAUAUUAAAAUCAUUGAUGCAUUAAUGUAUUGGGUUAGAAUCCUGCUUUAUCAUGAGGCACGUUUGGGCUGAGUGCACGCUAUAAGAUGAUUUAGCCAGCAGGAGACUUGCACCUAAAUCAGAUCUUUUCUCAUUUCCAUUCCUCAAUACCCAGAAGAAUGUUUCUAACUAAUUGAUUUGCAGCAGAGUUCAGCUACCCCAACUAAAGAAGUGGCAUUAAUACAAAAUCUCCCCCCCACCUUUUUUUUUUUUUUUGAGUGACUUGAGAAUUGCCAGUUCUAUAAAACACUAGUUUGUAUAAACUUUCCAUUUAGCAAUAAUAGAAUCUAUGACUAAGCUAAAAUUUCCAUUGGUUUACUUUAUGUUCCUUUAGUAAUUAAAUACAGAUAUCGUAACCUUAAUAGUUUACAAUGAUGAUAACCCUAACGAGCUCUAGUGUUGACUGUUCAAUUGAAGGGAGAGGUAGAGUUGGUGGUUUUCCCAGAACAGCUUUUAAGUCAGCAAUUGGGUGAGUGUGCAUAAGUUAAGAAAAUCACUUUGAGAAAGUAGUAUGAUCUAGCAGCAAGCUAGAUAACUGCCGAAAGCAGCAUAAUUUUUAAAAAAUAGCUAUAAAUAUAUGUUCUUGUGACUGGAAAUCAGUGCGAUGCAAAGAAACUGGACUGUACAGAUCUGCGAGCAGGUUUUGGUGUUCAUUUUCAUUUUGUUACUAGUAGAGUAGUAGGUAUGACUGUGUUUGCACUGAGUAGUGUUGUUACUCUGACUACAGUAUGUGAAAAAUGCUUUCUUUGGGAAUGAAAGCUCGUUAGCAAGUUGAUCAAAGGGUGGCCUAGAAACACUGUUCAUGCUAUGAACUCCCACAUCGUGAACAUUCCCACUUCUUUUUAUGGGCUAAGAUACUGAAUGUAGUUGUAGUUUUGAAUUUUCAAAUUACUAAGGCGGGAAAGCAAGGUUAGGGUGGUUGGGGUCUUGUGGUGUUUCUUUCCUGUUUUUUUGGUUGUUUUUUUUUUUUUUUUUUCCUUUCUCCCAUGGAGAGAAGUUCUAAUGAAUGAUAAUGUUAGAACACAGGAGUAGCAGACUGAUUCUGGCCGUUAUAUUAAAAGGCAAUAAAAUGACAUCAGAUCUUACAGCAGAGCUCUAAAGAAACUUGUGGACCUCAUCUUUCCUAAGUCCCGUGUACCUACAUGUCUUUCAAAGCCAGUUUCGGAUAGCGAACACAUUGAAAUACAGAUUCUUGUCUCUGGCACUGUUUGUGUUUAUAGCAAUAAUGUUAAUCUAACUUCUCCGUGAAACAUGUUAAUUUUGUACUAGCAAUAAAUUUCUAGUCUGUUUUUCUUAUAUUGUUUAAUUUAAAAAUAUUUCAUGUGUGAAGAGUUUUAUACAGAUAGUCUUUUAGUUAAUAUAUUUAAAUGUGCUAAUUAUUUUUGCCUGGUAUUUAAACUGGAAACAAAGAACCUUAAUUUCAUUUGGUAUUAGUGAAACUUUGGAAGAUUUCAGAACGCAUGUGUUGGGAGGACAUCCUGAAUGCACCAAAAGUUCAGAGCACUUGGUCCCUCACCAGUUUGCUUUACUCAGUAUCUUAAAAAUAAUCAGCUGAUUAACGUAAAUGCCAAUAGCUUUUUGGAGAUGCUGUAUUUACUGUCAAAUUCUCAAAUUAUGUUGAUGUAGGAUUAGAUUGUUUUCUCACCAGUUUUGUGGCUUGUGAUAAAGCGUUUUCUUGGUGGUAGUGUGUACUGCAUUGAAUACGCCUGCACAGACUCAGCCAUCUGUGAAAUGGCAGCAAAGUUCAGGUUGCAAAAAGCAAUAAACUGAUGAAACCACUUUCUACUUA